AUGAUAAAAUUUUGUUUUCCUCUGGCCACACUGCUCCUGUACGCUCUAAAGACAACCCAUGGGUAUAACGUAAUAGAGAACAACACCAAUUUUCUGUUUAACACUAAAGAUGCGCAGGUGGGGGGACAUAUUUUUCAGGGGAGGAACUUGAGCAAAGCCGGGGGGGGAGAAGCUGAAUGGGUAGAGUUGCCUCGAAGCGGUAGCGCCCUGGAUAGUGCCGCAGCGUUUUUGAAGAACAGCUGGGCGGAGCAGGACGGUUUGAGCAGCGGUGUGCAAAGUGGCGAUGUGCGACGCGGCGGUGUGUACCAUUUCGGAAGUGGCGACCGCGGCGAGGAGAGCCCAACCAGCCAAGCUCCCCAGAAAGGUGCCCAUCAGGACGCCCAGCGAAACGGGGGAGGGGGCGAUGCAGAGGACGACCGAUCCAAACUCUUCAAUCUUGCCAUGGAGCUCAAAGACGGAUCAAACAACAGGAAGAAAAACAUAAACAAAAGCAUAAGCAUAUUCGAGCAACUUGUCCUCGGGAAGAAAGACAAUAUAACCUCAUCGUCCUACUAUGAACUGGGAAAAAUACACUUCAUUGGGUACCAGAACUAUUUUUUUUCCUACAAGAGGAAUUUAAAGCUGAGCAUUCACUUCCUGGAGAGAGCCAGUCGAAUGAAGAACCCAGCCGCUCUCCACUUUCUAGCUUUCAUUUACUUUUUCGAGUUUAACGUGGAGGGGGAGAGUAAUACCCACAAUGGUGCUGAUAAGUCUGAGCAGAAAAAGAGCCACUCACAUGGGGAGGAAAAGGACGGGGAAAACCCCCCUGGGAAGAAGAAAAAAACACACAUGGGGAUGAGGAACGCGAAGAGGAAAUACCUCUCCAGGGGAAAGACCAAUAGCAGCAGCCUCACACGUAGUGACUCCCCAGCGAGCCACAAUCAGACGAGGAUAAAUCCGUUGGUCAGAACUGCAAUGGAGUAUGAAUUGCAGGCAUGCGCACUGGACUACACGCCGUCCAUUCUAACGAUCGCUUAUAGGUACCUGUACGGGAUUAACCUCAAAAACAGUUGUGAAAAGGCAAAGGACUACUACAAGAGCGUAGCGGAGAGAGUUAUGAAUUCAGAUUAUAUCAAUGUGCCUCUUUCCGAGAUGGAUGUGUUGAAUGUAGAGAAUCUGACGAUGCAGAGUGAAAUCAAUAAUAUGAAGGAUAACGAGGAGGACGUUUUGGAGUUUCUAAACGAACAGAUAAAAGGGGGAGACGUUAUGGCUAUGUAUGAUUUGGGAAAGAAAUAUAAAGAAGAGCGUAACUUCAGCAAAGCAUUUGAGUAUAUUAGCGAGGCGUCUAAGAAGAACAACGCGCUGGCGCAGAAGGAGCUAGGAAUCAUUUAUCUUUAUGGCUAUGGCACGGAGAAGGACGUGAGGAAGAGCAUCGAGAGCUUCUCCAAGGCCGCCGCCGCAGGAGACGUGGAAUCCAAGUGCUACCUCGGCUACAUAUACUAUUUCGUGGACGAGCACAAAGAUGUGCAGAAAGCGCUGAACUACCUCGUCGAGGCAGCGAAGCAUGACUACGGGGAAGCCUUCUUCUUCCUAGCAGAAAUCAUCCUGGACGUGUCUAUCAGAAAGCACCACAUCGGGGACCAAGUCUACCACACCAUCUUCAAGUUGUAUGAGCACGCGGCCGACCUGGGGUAUGUGCAGGCCUACUUCCGCGAAGCCCAGCUAUACGAAAUAGGGAAGGGGGUGCAGGCAUCCUGCCUGAAUGCGGCCCUGUCGUACAAAUUUGUCGCAGAGAGCACCAUGUGGACUAACCAAAUUAGGGAGGGCAUGAACUACUACGUGCAGAAGGACUACGUGAAGGCCUUCUACACAUACGCCCUGGCCGCGUACGAAGGAUACGAAGUCGCACAGAGUAAUUUGAUUUAUAUUUAUAGAAGGAACCGCUUUACCAGCUUCAUCAAGCCAGAGAAGAUCAUGCAGAUACUGCACCUCAUGUAUAAGCAGGGCAAUUACAAAGCCUUGUACGAAAUUGGGAAGAUAUACCAUAAGGAGAAUAAGGACAGCGUGUCAGUUAGCUACCACAGGUUAGGGCUAAACAAAGGAGACCUGCGUAACCUUGUCCCUCUGUCUGUAUACUACGAGAAGAAUAUGGAUCCGGAUAGGGCCCUCAAAUACCUCAACUACUUCCUGAAGCAGAGGACGAGGGAGAAACCUUCCAGCACCACUAAAGUGGAGAGAAUGAGAUCCAUCCUUGAAAGCUCCUUAUUCUACUUUCGUAAGUUUAAGUUACUUUUUAAAAGUUUCUAUUCGUCAAGACAGAAAAAAGGGAGUGGCACGUGA